AUGUCCUUAGAAGAUGAUGAAGCUUUAUUUGAUGACAUCUACGGUGAUGAGCCACAACAGAAAGAUGCUCAGGAAGUGGUAGAGAAAGAAACUAAGGACGAGACGAAGUCUACAUCAGACGGGGCCAGCCAGCCUCUGAAAGAUGACGACCAAAAGAAGCCAGAUUCUUCGGCUACUGAAGCUUCGUCAAAGGGGCCCUCUGCCCCUGUGUUAUCUAACACAUCCACUAGUCAAUCUGAUGAUACUCCACUCCCCCCUCCUCCUAUAAGCAACUCGACACCUUCGUACAAUAGCGCACCAGCCUAUCCCCCGUAUGGACAGCAACAGCAGCACCAACAGCACCAACAGCACCAACAACAGCCACAACAGCAGCAGUUCCAACAGCCUGCAGUUCCUUUCCCUCCAGCAAAGCCCGCCCCAGACUCUGUCAAGGCUGACAUUUACAAGAGUGAACAAGGUAAAAUGUUCAUAGGAGGUCUCAACUGGGAGACCACCGAAGAAACCUUGCGGAACUACUUUGGUCAGUUUGGUGAUAUCACGGAUUUAACCAUCAUGCGUGACAAUGCCACUGGUAGGUCUCGAGGUUUCGGAUUCUUGACCUUUACUAAGACAGCAUCCGUGGAUGAAGUCUUGAAAAAGCAGCAUGUACUGGAUGGAAAACUUAUUGACCCUAAGAGAGCGAUUCCAAGAGAAGAGCAGGAUAAAACUGGUAAGAUCUUUGUAGGAGGUAUUGCUGCUGAGGUAACAGAGGAAGACUUCACUGACUAUUUCUCCCAGUUCGGUACUAUUAUUGACGCACAAUUAAUGAUCGACAAGGAUACUGGAAGAUCCCGUGGAUUUGGAUUUGUUACUUAUGACUCCCCAGACGCAGUUGAUCGAGUCUGUGCUAAUAAGUAUGUUCCUCUGAAGGGACGUUCCAUGGAAAUUAAAAGAGCUGAGCCGAGAAACCAGCAACAAAACCAACGUACUAAUGCAAAUCCGUAUAACCCUAUGGGAGCCAUGGGAGGAAUGCCUGGAAUGCCCGGAAUGGGAGCGCCUGGACAGCAGGCAUAUUACAAUGGUAUGUCUCAGGAGAUGAUGCAACAGUAUUAUCAACAGAUGCAACAGUAUUGGAUGCAAAUGCAACAAAUGCAACAGCAGCAACAGCAACAGCAAGGUAGCGAUGCUGCAGAAGGUGAAGGUGAUUCCGAGUCUUAUUCAGACCAGCCUCGUGAUGAUGACCAGGUUCCUAAUCCGCAACAGGAGAGACCUCAAUUCCCUUCAGGUCCUAAACAUUCAAAUCGUCCCCCACCACGUGGACCUCGUUCUGACCGUGGUGGAAGACGUGGAGGAGGCCGUGGAAGAAGAGGCGGUGCAGGAGGAGGAGGAUUCCACCCCUACAGUCGUUAG